AUGGCGCAAUUUGUACCGCGAAAAGUAUUUCCCAAUUAUGGGGCAAUCCCAAGAUCCUACUUCUUGGGGCAUCAUCGUGCCGGACUGAGCAAGAUGAAGAACAUGCUCUCAUCGAUUGACUAUGUGGUCGAAUGCCGUGACUACCGUGCUCCGGUCACUUCAAUCAAUCCUAUGUUUGAAGAGGCCCUUGGAAAGACGCGGCGACUGAUCGUCUAUACUAAGAGAGACCUGGGCAGCAUUCCUAGAUCUCCGGAGCAGAAAGUAACAGAAAAGAAAUUACGAAGCUUCGAUUCAAACAGUGCGGUUUUCUUCACUAGCUCAUCCUCUCGCGCCGACGUAUCCCAAAUCAUCAAACACCUCCGAACCGAUGCCGAAGCUCCAGAUAAACUAGUUGGAUGUCGAGUGAUGGUGGUCGGAAUGCCUAAUGUGGGCAAAUCUACUUUGAUCAAUCAUCUUCGAAAUCACGGCGUGGGCAAGGCUAAGGCUUUGAAGACGGGCGGCCAGCCCGGCAUUACGCGCAAGAUUGCAAGUCCCGUGAAGAUUAUCGAACGCGAAAGCGGAUCGCAUACCUAUGUGCUGGAUACACCGGGUGUCUUCAUGCCAUAUGUCCCCGACGCGGAGAAUAUGCUCAAGCUAGCACUAUGCGGUUGCGUCAAAGAUUCUGUCAUUUCGCCCGUCACGCUUGCGGAUUAUUUAUUAUAUCAAAUCAACCUGCAUGAUGCGCAGGCGUAUCAGCGUUGGUCUGAACCUACAAACGAGGUCAUGCCUCUCCUGGACAAUUUUGCGCGAAAGACAGGGCUCCUCGGGAAAGGCGGGGUGCCCAUCAUAGACUCGGCGGCUCUUCACUUCAUCCAAAAAUGGCGACAGGGCGACGUGGGUCGCUUUUUACUUGAUGACCUGGAAGCGGAGCAGCGCCGACGAGACAAUCCGGACGAGACGACAUAUAUGAGCAUGUCCCAGGCAUUGAAGAUUGAGAGGGUCACUCGAAAGAAUAAAUCGGAUGUCAACAACAGCACCGACUAA